GUCCUGUUUUCUCCUUAUACCUCAAAAACGCAUUUAACCACUUGUUUUAAUAGGGUAGGGUUGGACUGCUUUUUUGGGCUCAAGAAGAGCAAACUUUUGUGAUUCACUUGCUACAAGCAACAACCAACUCUUAGUUGACAGGACAUCAUGAGCGUUGCUAAAGCUAAAGGAGCACAGAAGACCGUUCAAAAGGGAGUCCACAACAAGGUUGCCAAGAAGGUUCGUACUUCUACAACCUUCCGUCGCCCCAAGACUCUUCAACUUCCUCGUAAGCCUAAGUAUGCUCGUAAGAGUGUUGCUCAUGCCCCUCGUCUUGACGAAUUCAAGAUCAUCCUCAAUCCUCUCAACAGUGAAUCUGCUAUGAAGAAGAUUGAGGACGACAACACUCUCGUCUUCCUUGUGCACAUGAGAUCCAACAAGCACACCAUCAAGGACGCUGUUCGUAAGCUUUACAACGUUGAAGCCAUCAAGAUUAACACUUUAAUCCGCCCCAACGGUACCAAGAAGGCUUUCGUCAAGCUCUCCGCUGAUGCUGAUGCUCUUGACGUUGCUAACCGCAUUGGUUUCCUUUAAACCAUGUAUUUUACUUGAGCAUUAAGGAUAAAUAAAAUCUUGGUAUUCAUAGAUCCAA